AUGGAAGGAAGAAUACUUGAGGCAAAGGAAAUGCUAAAUAAAUUAGAGUUACAAGGAGAAAAUUCAAUCCUAUCAGAGGAUGAGUUGAUAUUUAAGAGAGAGAUUAUAUCAACGUCACAUGAAAUGUCGAGACUAAAUUGUAAUAUCCAAUGGCCAAAGGCUCAAUCAAGGUGGUUAAAGGAGGGAGAUGCAAACACUAAGUAUUUUCAUAGAUGUGCAAAUAAGAGAAGAAAAGACAAUGAAAUCCUAAGGUUGUACAUGAAUGGUAGAAGGAUAAUAGAGGCUAAUGAAAUAAAAGAUAAUAUUCUUAAGCAUUUCAGAUUCCAAUACUUAGCACAUGGAGUAAGGGCAAUUCCAAAGAACAUAGAGUUUAAAAGAAUUGAAGAUGAGCAUAAUGUAGAAUUGGUGCAAGAAUUUUCGGAAGUAGAAGUUGCAAUAGUAGUGUGGGAAUAUGAUAGCAACAAAAGCCCAGGUUCAGAUGUAGUAAACUUUGAAUUUGUGAAAGAAUUUUGGGAGGAAAUCAAAUAA